AUGGACAAAGUGCAGAUCGACCAUGAUGAUGUGUUGGCUGAAUCCGAUUAUGAGAAUGUUACGGUCUCCAUUAACGUUGUGGAUGGUGAAAACUCAGUGGGGGAUGGUAUGAUUGUGCCUGAGGUAGGCAUGGAGUUUAAGGAGUUAAAAGACAUGUUUGACUUCUACAAAAAAUAUUCUUAUGCAAUUGGAUUUUCGAUUAAGAAAAGGAAUUCAAAAAAGGGAAACGACGGAGAGUUGAGAUAUGUAACCUUCACAUGUAGCCGUGAAGGUCAAAGAAUCGGUAAUAGUAGUGGUUCCUUCAAGCCCCAACCAACAAUACAGAUGGGUCAUAAAGCCAGGAUAUCUACAUCAUCAGAUGUUAAUAGAGUAUGGAGAAUUAACAAGGUCCACCUCGGCCACAAUUACGAAACUAGUCCAUCGAAAUCGAGGUUAUAUCGAUGUAACCGAGAAUUGAGUUCACACGUGAAACAUAAGCUUGAAGUCAAUGAUUUAGCUAGAAUUUCAUUGCAUAAAAGUUCCAAUUCUGCCGUUGUCAAAGCAGGUGGUUAUGAGAACCUGAGUUGUAUUGAGAAAGAUUGUCGAAACUAUAUUGAAAUAGUUAGGCGUUUAAGACUUGGUGAAGGGGAUGCCAUUGCAAUACAAGCAUACUUUGCAAAGAUGCAAGCACAGUGCUCGGGAUUUUACUUUAGCAUGGAUUUAGAUGAUGACUCCCGACUAAGAAAUGUCUUCUAG